AUUGCUGCAGUUGGCUCUUUUAGUACAUGUUGUGUUGUAUGAGUUGUAUGAAGGAAGAAAAUUACGUCAUUAACGUUAGUCCUAUAUUACUCUACUCUAUGCGUUAGGUCAUAGUCAUAGUCAGUGUCGGUGAUCAGUGUGGUGUAGUGCAGUUCGUAGUUUGGAGAGGCUAAUUUGAAGUUUGUGUUUUAUGGACGUAUUGCGCUGUUGCGCAUUUCCGUAAAUUUGACUCUUUUCUCCUGGUGAAAACUUAUUUUUUCCGUCUAAAUUACUCUUUUUGUUCGUGUGGUAAAAGCUAAUAGUAUAAAAUGUUCAACGCAAUUGGAGGCGCGUUCCGAAGCAUUGGAGAGAAGACCGCUUCUCUGUUCGAGCGUAAGAAGAAAGACGUGGAGCAGAUUGCAGCGGAGAAGGCGCAAGAAGCUGCGCAUGUGGUUGAUGAGCAUGUGAAGAAGGCGGGAGAGCUUGUUGAUGGGGUGCAUCAAAGUGCCGACCAAGCAGCUAACUCAGCAGCAACAGCAGCCGCAAACGCCAAGCAAAGCGCUAUCGACGCCAUCGACAAAGCAGCGGGAGAUGCGGCAGACGCAGCCAACAAAGCUGUUGAAGAUGGCAAGAAGGUCGUCGACAGCACAAAAGACACACUCGCAACGACAGUAGACAACACAAAAAAAGCUGCCGGGUCCGCUUACAACACAACUAAAGAUGCGGUAGCAAGCAAUUAUAACGCAGCGGUAGAUACGACCCAAAAAUCUGUUCACUCUGCUUUUGAUACAGGAAAGGCUUAUGCCUCAAGUGCACAAGACACUGUAGUUAACACAGCCACCAGCGCAUUAGAUAGCACCAAAAAUGUAGGUGCUUCUGCACUAAAUACAGGGGCAGCAUUUGUAGGGAGUGCUAAAGACACUGUAGUUAACACGGCGACCAGCGCAUUAGAUAGUACCAAAAAUGCAGGUGCUUCUGCACUAAAUACAGGGGCAGCAUUUGUAGGGAGUGCUAAAGACUUUGUAGUAAACACAUCCACCAGCGCAGUAGACAGCACCAAAAAUGCAGGUGCUUCUGCACUAAAUACAGGGGCAGCAUUUGUAGGGAGUGCUAAAGACACUGUAGUUAACACAGCCACCAGCGCAGUAGAUAGCACAAAACAUGCAGGUGCUUCUGCACUAAAUACAGGGGCAGCAUUUGUAGGGAGUGCUAAAGCCACUGUAGUUAACACGGCGAGCAGCGCAUUAGAUAGUACCAAAAAUGCAGGUGCUUCUGCACUAAAUACAGGGGCAGCAUUUGUAGGGAGUGCUAAAGAUUUUAUUAACACUGUAGUUAACACGGCGACCAGCGCAUUAGAUAGUACCAAAAAUGCAGGUGCUUCUGCACUAAAUACAGGGGCAGCAUUUGUAGGGAGUGCUAAAGACACUGUAGUUAACACGGCGACCAGCGCAUUAGAUAGUACCAAAAAUGCAGGUGCUUCUGCACUAAAUACAGGGGCAGCAUUUGUAGGGAGUGCUAAAGACACUGUAGUUAACACGGCGACCAGCGCAUUAGAUAGUACCAAAAAUGCAGGUGCUUCUGCACUAAAUACAGGGGCAGCAUUUGUAGGGAGUGCUAAAGACACUGUAGUUAACACAGCCACCAGCGCAGUAGAUAGCACAAAACAUGCAGGUGCUUCUGCACUAAAUACAGGGGCAGCAUUUGUAGGGAGUGCUAAAGACACUGUAGUUAACACGGCAACCAGCGCAUUAGAUAGUACCAAAAAUGCAGGUGCUUCUGCACUAAAUACAGGGGCAGCAUUUGUAGGGAGUGCUAAAGACACUGUAGUUAACACGGCCACCAGCGCAUUAGAUAGUACCAAAAAUGCAGGUGCUUCUGCACUAAAUACAGGGGCAGCAUUUGUAGGGAGUGCUAAAGACACUGUAGUUAACACAGCCACCAGCGCAGUAGAUAGCACAAAACAUGCAGGUGCUUCUGCACUAAAUACAGGGGCAGCAUUUGUAGGAAGUGCUAAAGACACUGUAGUUAACACGGCAACCAGCGCAUUAGAUAGUACCAAAAAUGCAGGUGCUUCUGCACUAAAUACAGGGGCAGCAUUUGUAGGGAGUGCUAAAGACACUGUAGUUAACACGGCCACCAGCGCAUUAGAUAGUACCAAAAAUGCAGGUGCUUCUGCACUAAAUACAGGGGCAGCAUUUGUAGGGAGUGCUAAAGACACUGUAGUUAACACAGCCACCAGCGCAGUAGAUAGCACAAAACAUGCAGGUGCUUCUGCACUAAAUACAGGGGCAGCAUUUGUAGGGAGUGCUAAAGACACUGUAGUUAACACGGCGACCAGCGCAUUAGAUAGUACCAAAAAUGCAGGUGCUUCUGCACUAAAUACAGGGGCAGCAUUUGUAGGGAGUGCUAAAGACACUGUAGUUAACACAGCCACCAGCGCAUUAGAUAGUACCAAAAAUGCAGGUGCUUCUGCACUAAAUACAGGGGCAGCAGUUGUAGGGAGUGCUAAAGACACUGUUGUUAACACAGUUACCAGCGCUGUAGAUGGCUCUAAAAAUGCAGCUGCUUCUGCAGUAGAUAAAGGAACCUCAAUUGUAGAGAGUGCUAAAGACACUGUAGUUAACACAGCCACCAGCGCAUUAGAUAGUACCAAAAAUGCAGGUGCUUCUGCACUAAAUACAGGGGCAGCAUUUGUGGGAAGUGCUAAAGACACUGUAGUUAACACAGCCACCAGCGCAUUAGAUAGUACCAAAAGUGCAGGUGCUUAUGCACUAAAUACAGGGGCAGCAUUUGUAGGGAGUGCUAAAGACACUGUAGUUAGCACAGCCACCAGCGCAUUAGAUAGCACCAAAAACGCAGGUGCUACUGCACUAAAUACAGGGGCAGCAUUUGUGGGGAGUGCUAAAGACUCUGUAGUUAAUACAGUUACCAGCGCUGUAGAUAGCACUAAAAAUGCAGCUGCUUCAGCGGUAGAUACAGGUGCAGUAUUUGUGGGGAGUGCUAAAGACACUAUAGUAAACGCAUUUACCAGCACAGUAGAUACCACUAAAAAUGUAGCUGCUUCUGUAGUAGAUAAAAGUGGAGCAUUUGUAGAAAGUGCAAAAGAUACUGUAGUGAGUUCAAUCCAUAGUACAGUAGAUUCUACUAAAAACGUUGCUGCUUCGGCAGUAGACAAAGGUGCAACAUUAGUAGGGAGUGCUAAAGAUACUGUCGCAAGCACAAUAGAUACAACAAAGAAUUUAACUGCUACUGCGGUUGAUAAAGGUGUUUCUUUUGUUGGAAGCGCUAAAGAUACAUUAGCGAGCACUGUUAAUAGUACUGUAGACACAACAAAAGGAGUAGCUAGCACAGUAGUAGCAGAAGGAUCAUCUCUCUUAGCAGGCGCUAAAGAAACAAUCCAUUCCACCGUAGAUACAACUAAGAAGGCUGCAGAAGACGCUAAAGCGCAGGCUUUGAAGGCUGCAGAAGAUGCUAAAGCGCAGGCUUUGAAGACUGCAGAAGAUGCUAAAGCGCAGGCUUUGAAAGCCGCUGAAGCUACCAAGGAGGGAGCUAAGCGAGCUGCCAACGCGGCUGUUGAAGAGUCCAAGAAAGCAGCAGCUGAUGCCAGCAACGCAGUCAACAGCACCGUGGACAACACGCUGAAACGAGUGGAGGACGGCGCCAACAAGGGACUGAAGAACGCCAGCCAAGUUGUCGACACCAACAUCAAGAGCGCUGACAAGUUUCUCACAGAGAAGCGUGAUACGGUCCUCACAAACCUGUCGUCGGUAGCUCAUGACGGCGCAGAGGGCGCCACUGGACUGCUUAGCAAGGGGCUCGCCACUUUGCCCAAAUAAACUACUCACAACCUAUUUCACAGCAUUAUCAUUACUACAAAAUUAUCUGGGAACUAACAGACUGCUUUAUAAAUACUCUAUUUUAUUAUUACACAAAAUGUAUAUAAUAUAUAAAUAUAAACAGUAUAUUAUGUAAACAGAGAGCUACUGCUUACUAUUUAUACAUAAUAACUAUAUUAUUGUAAUAUAAUGGUCAAUAUUUUUAUUAAAACCUAUAUGUAGUUUUUGAAGUUAUACUUCUUUUGGGGCGUUUAGAAAAAUGAGGAGAGUGAAUUUUUUCGAUGCGCGUACUCAGCGACAUCUAAAAACGACACCACGAAGUUGUUACAAUACGCGCGCAAUCUGACACCUAAAAGCGACAACUUCAGUGGGUAAUUGUCUCUCAAGUUGUUUUUUUGUUUUGUUACGCUAAAGAAGUAUAACUUCCAACGUACGUCUAUACACACACGCACAUUUUUUUUUUGCAAACUGUUGGCUUUCCCAAGUUGAUUUUUUUAAUUUAAUUAUAUUAUAUUAUUAUAUAAGUGCACAUUUUGUGUAAUAUCUCAGGCACAAUUACUAGGUAUUGUUUUAGUUAAGAAAAUUACUAAUACAGAAACUGUUAUUUUGUCUAUACAUUCGUUUUAAUAAAUAUAACUUGGAAAUAUAUAUAUUAUAUAAUCUCCGUAAAAAAAUAUAUAAUAUUUAAUUUAAUCAUGCUUAGUCAUAAAAAUGUGGAGUCUUUAUUCGUACUCGUUUUUAGAUGUAAAUAAUGUAUAAUUUAUUUUAAGUAUUUUACUUUAAUAUAUUGUCGUAUUUAGAAUGUCAAUCGACAUACAAUUGUUUGUUGCAAUAAUGUGCUUUAAUAAUUAAAACUGCCCUUGAAAAUUCAAUAAAAAACAUAAUAUUUGACACUUAUUUGCAAUAUGCACAAUAAAAUAGAAACGGGAUAGAUUUAUCUGCUAAGCGGUUUAUUUAUAUUUUUAUACUUUGUGAUAUGUAAUCUUUGAAAGCAUAUUUGUAUUAUUUAAGCAGGAUUACUUCACCUAUUUCAAAAAAAUUUUUUUGGCUCUGUUAUAUUCGCAUUUAGUUGAUAAUAAAUCAAUUUUUCACUUGAAAUUAAUGUUUUAUUUGUAAACUUAUUGGCAAAUGUUUCAAUGUCUAUAUAAAUAAUUUGUAGUGAUACUGUCUCAUUUGUAUUUAAGAAGCUAAUUAUGAAAUUUAAUGUCGUAAAUUUUGUUCAAUAAAGUACAUUGCUGUCC